AUGGCUGUUGAAGGAGUAAUCAUUAAGCUUAAUUCAAAGCCAAAAGAUGGAGACGUGAGUUCUACUGAGGAAUAUAAUGGAGAUGAAUUUACUGGUGGUAAUAGUGUUAAAAUUACCGUCAUAAAAUCUGAAGAACCUCCUAACUUUUACAGGUACACUCAUGAGGAUUCUCAUGGAGGAAACUUUACACUAAAGGAAAUCCAGGAUGAUAGCAAUAGCCCUAUAAAUAUAUCUCUUCCGGACGAUGGAAAGGCAACUUCCGUUUCUGCCUAUUACUGGAGGUAUGAUAGUGGUGGUGGUCAUACACCUAGUAAGGCCCUCUUGGUAGGGAUUACCACUAGUUUUGGAACUACCUAUUAUACGAGUACUAGUGGUAAUCAAUGGGUUGAACAUGGACAACUCUCACAAGAUGCUGAGGACCUUGAAAGGACAUUGGACGAACAAAACUGUUACAAUAACGAUGCAGUUACUAUGAAUCUCACAGAGUCUCAUUCUAAGAACCAUGCUGGCAAUAAAACUAAGUACUGUUGUGGAGAACAUAAGGAUGACACAGGAAAGGUCACCGUCACUUCCGGAUCAGUUAAAGUUCCUGAUUCUGGUUCCAAAGAUAUUCCCUACUACAAGCAUGAGGUUACCAAUGGAAAAGUAGCGGGAUUUAAAUUCUAUAAAGAUGAUGUAAGAAAUGAUGAAAAGUAUAGAAGACUUCUUAUAUAUGUUGAUUCAACUGGGAGCCCUCCAGUUAAGGGUUGGUUUCAAAGAGGUAAUGACAAUGCACAAUGGACAAAGGUUGAACUGAAUGGUAUAACACCGGAAAAUAUCAAUAACUGUACCCAUUGGAAUAAAGUUGUUGGUGAACUAAGAGGACUUGGAUGUAAAGGCUUGCAAGAAUGUCUUGAUCCAGCACAUCUUGGACAGGAUGGAGUUCAACGUGAAGAAGUCCCAGCUGCUGACCUAUCUGACCAGGUUCCUGAUACAGAGUCUGAGACUAAGAUACUCCUACAAGGCACCCCUUUGGCUCAAAUGGCUGAUGGUCCUAGUUUACCUGGUGAACAUGCUAAUAUUGGUGGUGCUACUAGUAAUGGUGUUGUUAAUGAUGAAGCUAAAAUAGUCUCUGAAAUAGGUGAACCUCCUCCUAAAGGAGCUCCUCAAGAAAAAGAUACUGGUAUAGAAGAUAAAUCCAGAGGAGAUGCUGAAAGGGCUGUUCUAGAGUCUAAUAACACUGAUCCCGAAACUAAAAAGGCUCGUGAUGACCCAUCCCUCCAAGCUACUUCUGCUUGUAGAAUUGCUAAUACUAGUGCUUAUAUUAUUGCUUGUGAACAUGAUAGAAUGGCCGCUGCUCUACCUCUUUAUCAAGGUUCUGGUGAAGAACUAAGACAAAAAGGACCUGGACCUGAUGAAGAUGCUGAAAGACAAGACUCUGUUGAUGGUGCUAGUAGUGAUCCUGCUCAACCUCUUACUACUACUGCUAAAGGAGAACCUCUUUCUCCUUCUGAAGGAUCUCCUAAAACUCCUGAACCUCAAGCUUCUACUUUUCCUCCUCCCCCUAGUCUAGGAUCGACCACUUCCUCUCAUACUGCUACGCCUGAAAAGCAAGCUACUAUUUCUAAACCUGUAGAUGCUCUAUCAACUCCUCGUGGUACUAGCCCAUUUCGUAUAUCUGGACGUGGAAGACCAAAUAGUUCAUCCGGAUUAGGAGGGGAAUCCCCGGUUCUACCAAUCACCUUUGGUAGUUCUCCAGCAAUUUUUAAUUGUUAUGAAACAGGUUUUAUCAUAGGUGGUUCUAAUGAAUCUUUAAUUGGCGGGAAUACAAAUGUAAAUGUUGUAAAGAGUGGACUGGUCGAAUCUACACCCGUUGUUGCUGAAACGAAGAUAGUAGAGCUCAACGUUAAUGAUAUAGACACUAAUCUCUUCUCCAUUGAAGAAUCAUUUUCCGGAGGAGUACCUCUAAAGACUGUUACUCCAAAGGAUGCUGUCCUCAUAACUUCUGUUGUGGAUGGAGAGAAGGAAGUCUGGAAAGGUGCAGAUAAAGAGCAUGGUCUGCAAGUAGUAGUCUGCUAUGAUGGAGAAUCCCCUGUAUCUGUAGUUGUAAACUUUGUAAAGGCUGAUGGAAAGAAACCUUGGAGAUACCAUAAUUUGCAGGAUAACAAGUGGAAUGUGGUAAAUAAGCAAGUCAAUGAAAAUUUCGUGAAGGAGCUAAUGAAGAAAGCUCCCCAAUUUCCUCCACCAUCAGACCAAAAAACACUGGAUCUUGCUUAUCUUGAAGAUCCUCGUUAUAAGGCAGUUGACGUUGAUAUCGUCGGAGUUCCUGCGAGGGUUUAUGUAGUUGGUCCAAAAGAAGACAUUAAGAAGGUAAAGUUAUCUGAGGGUAAACAUGGAUAUAAGGAUACACCUGAAGAAAUAUGCACUUACUGCAUUGCGUUCCUCGAGGGCACUGGCACUGCUAUGAUACUAGUUAACAUAAAUGAUGGGACUGUAUACAGGGAAAUAUUCAAGCGUGAUGGAGAUAAAUGGUCAAGAUUAACAAGCGGUUAUGCAAAGAAAAUUGAUGCCCUGAAAACAUAUACAGACCCCCCAGCAAAGUUCACUUUGGACAUUUCCUCUCUCGAGGAAGGUGAUGAAAAGUUUAAGCUUGUAAAGGAGAAUAAGAAUGACAUUACUACUCAGCUCUUUGCCACAAAACAAGGCCAUUCUAUCGAGAAUAUUAUGGAUGGAGAAACCAAAAACCGAAUGACUCACGACAAAGAUGCUUUGGAGUACAUAGCGAACAUUUUGGAUGCCAACACACUUUCAAAGAGGUCAAAAGAUGGUACCUAG